AUGUCGUAUGUGACUUCAGAUUUGGACCAUUAUUAUAAGAUUUCUAUGGUAUCGUCAAGUGAUAGACCGGAGAAGCCCGCUUUGUUUUUACAUGGCGAGAGCCCGGUCUGGGACGCCGACAGUCAAUCUUUGCUUUUUGUGGACGUUCACCAACAAAAUGUUCAUCGGCUUGACUAUUACACGGGAAAAAUUUACACAAAACACAUAGAUUAUGGCCAAGUAAAUGUAGUAUCACCCGUGUCGGGGUCUCGUCGGCUUCUAGUCGCUGUGCGAUCUGCUUUGUAUUUGCUUGACUGGAAUGUAGCUGGAGACUCCGCUUUAAGAUUGCUAGCUACGGUAGAUGAAGGUCUACCGGACAAUGUAAUUAAUGAGGGAAAACCGGACCCCGAAGGGAGAUUCUGGGCAGGAACAAAGGGACCUCAAACUGGCGACGAUGUGAUGCCGGAUAAGGCUACUCUCUACAGUUUUGAUCUAAACCAAGACGGAUUAGUGCAUCCGCGUGUACAGCUACGACCCGUGACUAUUUCCAACGGCCUCACGUGGUCUCUAAACACUACUGUCAUGUACUACAUUGACUCGCCAACACAAAAGGUUGAGGCUUUCGACUUUGAUUCCCAAAGAGGAGAAAUAAGUGGCAGACGAACGAUUGUGGAUAUUUCAAACUACGGAUAUGAAGACGCUAUACCGGAUGGAAUGACGAUCGACAGUGACGGACAUUUAUGGGUUGCCCUAAUGUUCGGUGGUACGGUUUUGCAUAUAGAUCCCGACUUAAGGCAAGUGGUGUAUGGUUACAAAUUACCAGUUUCCCGCAUUACGUCUCUAUGCUGGGGCGGACCCAGUCUCGACGAAUUAUUUGUGACGUCAUCUAAAGACGUUCACGACGCGAACGAGCCCUAUGGGGGCGCCAUCUUUACCAUACGGAAAACUGGAAGCAGAGGAGUCCUCCCGUAUCACUUUCGAUUUGAUAGUGCCGAUUCUUAUUAAAACUG